GGCUGGGUUGCAACGAUGGGUCUAGAAACAUGGCCCAGAUGUCAGAAUGCUGCUUUGCAUUAACUACCAUGCACUUUGGGUCUUUGACAUCAUGUUUGAUGUUUCUUUUCUAGUUACAUGAGCAUUGUAGAGUCGCUUCCAACCUACGGAGUCCAUUAUUAUGCAGUCAAGGAUAAGCAGGGAAUCCCAUGGUGGUUAGGACUCAGCUACAAAGGAAUCUUCCAAUAUGACUAUCACGACAAAGUGAAGCCAAGGAAGAUCUUCCAAUGGCGCCAGCUGGAGAACCUCUACUUCCGCGAGAAGAAGUUCUCCGUGGAGGUGCAUGACCCACGCAGGGCAUCAGUGACCAGGAGAACUUUCGGACACAGUGGAAUUGCUGUGCACACUUGGUAUGCCUGCCCUGCCUUGAUCAAGUCCAUCUGGGCUAUGGCCAUCAGUCAACACCAGUUUUACCUGGACAGGAAGCAGAGCAAGUCCAAAAUCCAUGCCACAAGAAGCCUGAGUGAAAUCGCCAUUGACUUGACGGAAACUGGAACUCUGAAGACCUCCAAACUAGCCAACAUGGGCAGCAAAGGGAAGAUUAUCAGUGGCAGCAGUGGAAGUCUUUUGUCAUCAGGUUCUCAAGAGUCCGACAGUUCUCAGUCUGCCAAGAAAGACAUGCUGGCUGCCUUAAAAUCCAGACAAGAAGCCCUGGAGGAGACGCUGCGCCAACGCCUGGAGGAACUGAAGAAGCUGUGUCUCCGGGAAGCGGAACUUACUGGAAAACUGCCGAGGGAGUAUCCCCUCAACCCGGGGGAGGAGCCCCCAAGCGUGAGGAGAAGAAUUGGUACUUCUUUUAAACUGGAUGAACAGAAAAUGCUACCCAAGGGAGAGGAAGCUGAGCUGGAACGCUUGGAAAGGGAAUUUGCCAUCCAGUCCCAGAUCACGGAAGCUGCUCGGCGCCUGGCCAGCGAGCCCAAUGUCAGCAAGAAGCUGAAGAAGCAGAGGAAGACCUCCUAUCUGAACGCGCUGAAGAAGCUUCAGGAGAUUGAAAAUUCCAUCAAUGAGUACCGCGUCCGAUCGGGGAAGAAGCCAACCCAAAGAGCUUCACUGAUCAUAGAUGAUGGAAACAUUGCCAGUGAAGAUAGCUCCCUCUCGGACGCUCAUGUUCUGGAAGACGAAGACUGCCCGGCUACCAGCACAAUAUCCCCUUUACAGUCACCUCACAAAGGGCUCCCUCCUCGCCCCCCCUUGCACAACAGGCCUCCCCCUCCCCAAUCUCUGGAGGGUCUCCGGCAGAUGCACUAUCACCGGAACGACUACGACAAAUCCCCCAUUAAGCCCAAGAUGUGGAGCGAGUCUUCCUUGGAUGAGCCUUACGAGAAGGUGAAGAAGCGUCCUUCUCACAGCCACUCCAGUCACAAGCGGUUUCCCAGUACUGGAAGUUGUGUGGAAGGUGGAGGAAGCAACUCCCUUCAGAACAGCCCAGUGAGGAAUCUCCCACAUUGGAACACCCAAUCCAGCAUGCCAUCAACACCAGAUCUACGCGUACGAAGCCCACAUUAUGUCCAUUCCACCCGAUCGGUGGACAUCAGUCCUACCAGGCUGCAUUGUUUAGUUCAGCACUUUAGACACCGGAGUUCUAGUUUAGAGUCACAAGGAAAGCUUCUCGGCUCGGAAAACGAGACGGGGAGCCCUGACUUCUACACCCCAAGGACUCGUAGCAGUAAUGGGUCAGACCCCAUGGAUGACUGUUCCUCCUGUACGAGCCACUCCAGCUCCGAGCAUUACUACCCGGCUCAGAUGAAUGCAAAUUACUCCACCCUGGCAGAGGACUCACCCUCCAAAGCUCGCGAGCGCCAGAGACAGCGGCACAAGUCAGCCGGAAACCUCGUCUGCUCCAAUUCAGGAAGCAUGCCCAACCUGGCUGCCGGGAACGGGAACGGGAACGGCCAUCACGGUGUCUACCUGCACAGCCAAAGCCAGCCUUCCUCCCAGUACAGGAUCAAAGAGUAUCCGCUGUACAUCGAAGGGAGCUCGACACCGGUGGUGGUGCGUAGCCUCGAAAACGACCAGGAGGGACACUACAGCGUGAAAGCACAGUUUAAAACGUCCAAUUCGUACACGGCAGGGGGCAUGUUUAAGGAAAACUGGCACGGAGAUGAAGUGGACUCCAUCCGGUUGACUCCUUCCCGGUCUCAGAUCAUAAGGACUCCUUCACUGGGGAGAGACGGCCACGAAAAGGGAUCGGGGAGGACUGUGGUCUCGGAUGAACUCAGACUAUGGUACCAGCGGUCCACGGCCACCCACAAAGACCACAGCCGGUUGUCGCACACAAGCUCCACUUCGUCGGAUAGCAGCUCCCAGUACAGUAGCUCCUCUCAAAGCACCUUCGUGGCGCACAGUAAGGUAACCAGGAUGCCUCCCAUGUGCAAAGCAACGUCAGCUGCCUUACCUCACCAUCCGAGGACUUCAACCACCACACCUAGUGAUUGUGGGUCUUUGACCCCCAGCUGCCCACACCACAUCUUAGCUUGGCAAACUGGGAACUACAGCGAUAGCUGCUACCUGGAUUCCGCCCUUUAUCCAGAACUCUCCGAUGUCCAGUGGUACGGACAGGACAAAGCCAAGCCUGGGACCCUAGUCUGACCUCAGCUGUUCAGAUGCAUCCAUGCCAUUUUGGGGGAGAAAAGAAGAAGAAAGAAAUCACCUCUACUGCCUCUUCAUUUGCCUUAUCCAGCUGCCCGACACCAGCUUCCAGCGAAAAAGCACUUUUGGUCAUCAGACAAGUGAAGGCGGUUAUCACCGAAGGAGCAAUUGUGUCAGUUGUGCAAAAAAACAACAACCCACCCCACCAUUCUUCAGUCCCAGUUCUGCACCCUCGUUCCUCCCCAGCGGGUGUUAAGGCUAUUAGGGUGGCCAAUCCAAAACUCUUCCUGGAUUAUCCUUGUCCUUCAGCGUGCAAAAACAUAUUCUGACAUGAAGCAUCAGAAAUUGAAAAUCCUGGUUGGAAACGUAAAACUCAAAGCGGCUGCGAAGAAGGAUGGCAAACGCCCGUUAUGGUUCAAAGGCAGGAGAGCUGGCCAGGCUUGGUCUACAGGGACGAGCCAGAAGGUCAUCAAACCAAUUGGCGGUAGAUUGCCAAAGAUUUCGGUGACUCGCCCAAAGGAUUCGCUUUUCUCUAAAACGGGGUUGUUUUUUUUAAGAAGUGGCAAUAGCCUUUUUGAUGCCCUUUUGAGACCCGACAAACCUUGAACCAUUUUAGAUCAGGGAAUAUAAACCCAGGAUAAAAUGGUGGGGUGGCCUAGAGGCGGAUCUCUUGCCUCACAAUCAGGAGACUGUGAGUUCGAUCCUAGGUAGAAACAGAUAUUUCUCUCUCUGGGCAGACUGAGAAUAUAACUGCCAAACAAGACUCCGCUCUGGUGACAGGAAGGAUAUCCGGCCAUUAAAACACUCUGUUAGCUCCAUUCAGUUGCCCAGACAGAUUCCAUCCCGCAAGGGAUGACAUGAAAGAUGACUAGAAGCCCAGGAUCUGUUGGGAGAAACCAGUUGGGAGAACAGGGAGGCAGGCCAAAUUAUAAGAGGAAGGGGAAAUUUUAGUUCUUUUUGCAACAUUCCCUGGCAAAAAAUUGCAAGAGCACACCGUGAUAUUGCUUGGAAGAACCGUCAUCGGAUGAAG